GAGUUCCCAUAGUGCUUCGCGAGUGGCGGGCAUGAUAACAAACUCUAGGCGUCCGCACGCGGGUUCUGGUCGGCCCUGUGGGGGCUCCAAGGUGGUAAGUGGGAGGUUCUGUGAGAUCGGGUCCCCGCUGCGGUCUGGUUCGGCGGCACAAUGUCGCUUUUCCGGGGCGUGUGGGGCGCGCUGAGGGCGCUCGGAAGAUCUGGAGCGGAGCUGUGCACUGGCUGUGGGAGUCGUCUGUGCACACCUUUCAGUUUUGUGUAUUUUCCACGAUGGUUUUCAUCCAACUUGAAUAGUUAUCCAAAGAAACCUAUGACUUCCUACCUUCGAUUUUCUAAAGAACAGCUACCAGCAUUUAGAGCUCAGAACCCCGAUGUGAAAAAUAAAGAACUAAUUCGAAAAAUUGCAGAGGUAUGGAGGGGACUUCCUGAGUCAAAGAAAAAAACAUAUAAAGAUGCUUACAAGGCAGACUGGAAAAUAUACAAAGAGGAAAUGAGCAGAAUGCAAGAGCAGCUUACUCCAACUCAGUUGCUGUCUUUGGAAAAAGAACUCAAACAAAGACGUUUGAAAAGGAAAACAAUAAUGAAAAAGAGGGAGUUAACAUCUCUUGGAAAACCAAAGAAAACUCGUUCAGCUUACAACAUUUUUAUAGCAGAGAAAUUUCAAGAAAACAUAGGUGGUUCACCUAAGGAGAGGUUGAGGAUUUUAAAUGACAUGUGGAAAGAUAUGCCUGUUUCUCAAAAGGAGGUAUAUUAUCAACUUUCUCAAGAUGAUAAAAUUCGUUAUGAGGCUGAAAUUAAAUCUUGGGAAGAACGAAUGAUACAAGUUGGAAGAAGUGAUCUUUUACGUCAGCACAAGAAAGUACAACCUAAAGCUGCCACUGAGAAUCUAGACUUCGAAGAAAACUGAAUUGUGUUCAUGGUGGUUAGGCACAAGAAGCCAAUUAGGUCUCAGAAACUGGCGUUGUAACAUUAGAAUACAGAUAAAAUUGGUAAACAUUU